GCUGCUGAUCUUUAUCUUUGAAGUUUGAUCUGGCGACAUGUUGCACGUGUACACAAUACUUUUUGUAGUACGUAUGGUGUAUCUCUGAAUGGCUAAGUACUUUUCUUAUUUUCCACAACAGCUGCUAGCUAUUUACGAACACCAAUAGUCUUGUCUAACCUACCUUUAGACUUAGUUGAAGCUCUCUUCGGGUGGAUAACCGGACUGUACCGGCAAGUAAGCAUAGACCAUAUCGGAAGACGUGAGUCAUGGUGGCCAUCACCAAAAUCGAGGUGUUUCGAGCUGACUUGCCUUUGAAAGAAGGCCGCUACUCAUGGGCACGCGGAAAGUUUGUGGAUGUGUUCGACUGCACACUGGUCAGGAUCAGCACAGAUGUCGGCGUCCAUGGCAUAGGCGAGGUUACUCCACUCGGUCCGUUCUAUCUGCCAGCAUAUGGACCGGGUGCACGUGAGGGGAUUCGUCACAUGGCCCCACACCUCCUGGGCAAGGACCCCACUCAGUUGGAGGUGGUGAAUGCAACUAUGGACGAAGUACUGAUGGGCCACAGCUACUGUAAAUCUCCCAUUGACAUGGCAUGCUGGGAUAUAUUUGGCAAACUUUGCAAGUUGCCGGUUUGCGUGUUGCUGGGUGGGAGAUUCACACAAACCAUUCCUCUCUACCGGGCUAUCUCCCAGGAAAGUCCAGAAAGUAUGGCAGAUAAAGUGGCUGGUUACAGAGAAGAGGGCUAUCGCAAGUUUCAGCUAAAAGUUGGCGGCGAUGCUACCUUGGAUGCGGCACGUAUCCAUGCCGUGGCUUCGAAGCUGGAUAUUGCUGGCGGAGACACCCUAGUUGCUGAUGCCAAUCGUGGCUGGUUGGCUGAAGAAGCAACUCGCGUAGUUCGCGCUGUUCAGGAUCUGGAUAUCUAUAUUGAACAGCCAUGCAAUACCUAUGAGGAAUGCCUGAAGGUUCGUCAGCGAACACGACAUCCGUUUGUGUUGGAUGAAAGUAUUGACUCGAUUGAGGCAUUCCUCAGAGCACAUGCUGAUCAGGCAAUGGAUGCGUUUAACCUGAAGAUUAGCAAGGUGGGCGGACUGACGCGUGCACGUCAAAUUAGAGAUCUCGGCGCACGACUUGGUUACGCCAUGACAAUCGAGGACAGCUGGGGUGGCGAUGUUGUAACGGCAGCUAUUUCUCACCUAGCUGCUUCAACACCAACACGUUGUUUGUACGCAUCGACGGAUUUCAACUCCUAUGUCACGCUGAGCACGGCUACUGGAGCUCCGCAGAGACGAAACGGCACGAUGGAAGCAUCUGACCAGGCUGGGCUUGGUGUAGAGCUACGCGAGGAUGUCAUUGGACAAGCCGUUGAUGUGUACGGCAAUGCUUGAUUCUCUAUGUGACUAUUCCACUAAAGCAAGGGCACAUUAGCACUGUGCAGCUGCAGUGUGCUGGCCUCUGUUGAAGUAAGUUUUAACUUGUGUCUGGAACAUGAUACUUCCUAUCCUUGUACUGAGUCCCACCAAUGGCUGCUCAUCAAUUAAAAUUGUAUGCGAGAAGAUUACAAGUCUAUUUUAAGGAGUUAUUUUACCUGUAUUGGCCGUGUGGCUAUCGCCAGCCAGUGACAGAUUACACCUGGCUUGCUUAUUAUACAGUCUGCUUUGAAGCGAUUCAUUGUGUAACUGUGUUUAUACGAGUUCACUAAGAGAACUCGGUGUUUGCCAA